UACCGCCACCCCGCACGCCCUCUCUCGCCCUUCCCCGCCAUCAUCGACGCUGACGACUCCAUCGUCCUCUCCGACGUCGUUCGCACAGGCGAAGCAUCUCGUCUUCGCCGUCGCGGUGCCAUCCGCGACCCUCCCUCCUCCACCCACCGCGCCCUCCCUUCCAUGUCCAUCCCACCCCCCAGCACCAAUCCCACCUCUCGUGCUUUCCCAGCUGAGCCACUCUCGCCUCCUCGAGCGCAAGUCCCUGGCACGCCCCCACCCCAGUGGUACUCGUACAGUCCCGCCGCUUGGGCCGACGCCGACGCCGCAGCCGACCCCUCAGCCGACCCCUAUUCAGGCCAGUAUCUAGACGACGACGACGACGAGUCUGGUGGCGCUGGCGGCGAGUGGGUGUGGGCGCGCAGGGCCAGCGGCGAGGGUGCAGACCUCAAUGGCUCCCGCGAGACACUCGAGGCAGAGGUCCGCCUCGAGGACUCCGAUCAGGCCGCGGGCUCCUACAUGCUCUUCUGCGGCGGCGAUCUGCCCGACAGCGACUCUGACUACGAACACAACCACGAUUAUGACUACGACCACGACCAUCCUGCGCAUCCUGCGCCCUCACGGCGUCGGGCGUCCGCUUUUGGUCCCGCCCCGGCCCCUGCCCGCCGUGGGUCUAAACCUCGCCGCACGAACGGAUGCGGCGCACUCGUCCACACUGUCGCGCUCCCGCGGCGCAGGCACGGCGUCUGGAUUGCCCGAGGCACAGCCGGCCUUGCAGUCGGGCCUAUGGAUGCCGAGUACUUCGACUGCAAGGCCAUAGCGAAGAUGAUGCAGAGCGCGUGCGGCUGCAUACGCGAGGGUGUCGGAUGCCGUGUCUGCCGCCGGCGAGAGCCUCUUCACCUCAUCCUCACUAUCUACCACCCGCCGCCCCUCCCUCGCCGCCCCUUCCCCGCGGCGCCCCUCAGGCCCCUCGUACUGGCUGCCCCCCGCCCAGCACGCCCGCGACCCCCCCGUGUCCCCCUUACCCACCUCCCGCGCCUCGACGGGCACCCCACCGGCCUUCGCGCCCAGCCCCGGCCGCGGCUCGCCGCGCCGCGCGAUCUUCACCUUCUUCUCCGCCAACGUCCGCUCCGCGCCGGGCUUCAUGUUCCCCGCUCGCGCGCCGCCCCCGGCAUCCCCCGCGGGCUCGGACUCCAGCGCACCCGAGGAGAUGGAAGCACGCGCGGGCGGCGCAGCCAGGCGCCCGAGCUCCGCGCUCGUGUUCUCCUCGCCCCCGCCGCCCCCGCCGCCCCCGCCGCGGCGUCCGCUCGUAUCGCGCGGUUCUGGGACGCCGCGGACGCGGAAGGCGUGCGGGUGCUGGAUGACGGGCCCGCGGCGGACCGCUGGACACAGAGAGCGGGGAGCACGAGGGCGAAGGCGAGGGCGAGGGCGAGUUGGGCGAGAAGCCGGCUGAGAGCGCCGGGCCGAGCGCAGGGGCGGGGGCGGGAGCGGGCGCAGGGACCUGGAUUCGCGUGGGCGGGCGGGUGUGGCCCGACCGGUGAUGGCUGCGUCUCGGCGAUGCCGCCGCCGCCGCCGCCGCCGAGGCUGGAGACUAGCAAAGCAAAGCAAUGCGGCCCUAAUCGUCCCGCGCUCGCAUCCUUUGUUCUUGUUAAUAACUACCAUCUCAUCCCAUCCCGCGGACCCUGUCUCUGUCUCUCGUCUGUUCAUGCAGACCGCGUUGCUCCUCUACAUACAUACCACCCAGGAAUCUCUCCCCCUGCAUUGGUCGCGUUCGCUCUCCAGGGAGAGAUGCGUGUGACGUCCGUGGCUGCGCCUCACAUAUACGCGUGCGCCCACGUACGUACGUCUAGCUAGUCUAUACAUCUAUACAUCCGUAUCCGUAGCCAUGUCCAUCGCGCCUUGUCUCUGUCUCUGUCUCUGUCUCUGUCUCUGUGCUUAGCCCGUCCAUAUCAUGUUUUCGAUGCGUUUGAUAUGCAUGUUCCAUAUU